GGCGUGCGCCCCCUUCCGCCUGACGCGCCCCCGGCGGCGGCCGCGCAGCCCUGGCUCCUUGCGGGCUCGGGCGGCGGCUGCGGCGGGGCUAUGGCGAGCGGCGGUGGUAACACCGGCGCGAGUGGGGGUGCUGGGCUGGGCCUGGGACUCGGCCUGAGCCUCGGCAUGGGUGAGACCACCGGCGAGGCGGAAGACGAGGCGGCCACGGCCGAGGCGGUGGGCCGCCUGGCCACGACGCUGUGGCUGCGGCUCCGCGGCUGGGAGGCGGUGCUGGCGGCGGCGCAGCGGCUGCUGGUGUGGGAGAAGCCACUGCACAGCCUGGUCACGGCGGCCGCGAUCAACGGCCUCUUCUGGCUGCUGUCUUCAUCGUCUUUCCGGCCAAUCUUCCUUCUCAGCGUCUCGAUUUUGGCCUAUUUUCUUCUGGAUCUCUGGCAGCCUCGCUUCCUCCCCGAUGUCUCAGCGUCAUCCCCUGAGGAGCCACAUUCUGACAGUGAGGGUGCGGGGUCAGGCGCCCGGCCGCACCUGCUGAGUGUGCCCGAGUUGUGCAGAUACCUGGCUGAGAGCUGGCUCACCUUCCAGAUUCACCUACAAGAGCUGCUGCAGUACAAGAGGCAGAAUCCAGCUCAAUUCUGUGCUCGAGUCUGCUCUGGGUGUGCUGUGCUGGCAGUGCUGGGACACUAUGUUCCAGGGAUUAUGAUUUCCUACAUUGUCUUGCUGAGUAUCCUGCUGUGGCCCUUGGUGGUUUAUCAUGAGCUGAUUCAGAGGAUGUACACGCGCCUCGAGCCCUUGCUCAUGCAGCUGGACUACAGCAUGAAGGCGGAAGCUGAUGCCCUGCAUCACAAACAUGACAAGAGGAAGCGGCAAGGGAAGAACGCACCCCCAGGAGGUGAUGAGCCACUGGCAGAGACAGAGAGUGAAAGUGAGGCAGAGCUGGCUGGCUUCUCCCCAGUGGUGGAUGUGAAGAAAACAGCACUGGCCUUGGCCAUUACUGACUCAGAGUUGUCAGAUGAAGAAGCUUCUAUCUUGGAGAGUGGUGGCUUCUCUGUAUCUCGGGCCACAACUCCACAACUAACAGAUGUCUCUGAGGAUUUGGACCAACAGAGCCUACCAAGCGAGCCAGAGGAGGCCCUGGGCCGGGAGCUGGGGGAGGGAGAAGAGGCAGAGCUGGCACCCCCUGAAGACCUGCUAGGCCCCCCUCAGGUCCUCUCAAGGCAAGCCCUGGACUCAGUGGAGGAAGAGGAAGAUGUGGCAGUGAAGGAGACUUUGCUUCGGCUCUCAUCUCCUCUGCACUUUGUGAACACACACUUCAAUGGGGCAGGAACCCCCCAGGAUGGAGUGCAGUGCUCCCCUGGAGGACCAGUGGAGACACUGAGCCCAGAGGCAGUGAGUGGUGACCUCACAGCUCCACCCAGCACCCUGACACCCCCACUUUGCCAUGAUGAAAGUGACCCAGUCCCCUCCCCCUCCGUGCCCCCACCUAUUUCCCAGGACUCGCCCCACCCCCUGCCUGCCCCUGAGGAAGAAGAGGCACUUGCCACUGAGGACUUUGAGUUGCUGGAUCAGGGAGAGCUGGAGCAGCUGAAUGCAGAGCUGGGCUUGGGACCAGAGACACCCCCAAAGCCACCUGAUGCUCCACCUCCUCCUCCCCUGGGGCCAGACACCCAUUCCCUGAUACAGUCAGACCAAGAGGCCGGGGCUGUGAUGGAGCCAUGAGCCAUGAGAGAAGGAGCUGCAGGCAGAGUAAGGCUUCCUAGCUAGAGCUGUCACUGUCUCCUUUCCCUACCACUCUGGGGAGGGGCACCGGGUGGGGAGGCCAGCUGUCAGACAGUAGCCAGCCCACCCUCUGCCUGCUGUCCUGGGCCUGGUGCAGUACCUGUGCCUAGGAUUGGUUUUGAGUUUGUAAAUAAUUUUCCAUGUGAACAGGGCUAGGGAAGUCCUUCCCACAGCCUACACUUGCCUCUUCACCUCAUCUCUCUCAUUCCACUGUGUCCCAAGCCCUGCUGGUCUAGCCCUUUCUUUUUCUUCCUAUCCUCAGGGACCUGUGCUGCUCUGCCCUCAUGUCCCAUGGUUGUUUAGUUGAGGCACUUUAUAAUUUUUCUCUCCUGUUCCUCUUGGCUUUAUUUCCUUGCUGUGUCCUGUCCUUAGCAGUGUAGCCCUACCUUUUGCCAGCUUCUCCUUCCCACAUAUACUGGCCAAGCUUUAGAGCAGCUCUUGGUCUGGGAAGUAAAGAAUAAAGCCCUAGUGGUGGGUGAUCAGGCCAGCGUGUCCCACAUAGGUCACUGUAGCCUCAGUAACUUCCACUGCACCUUUUCCUUAGUUCAGCCCUUUCUCAGUGCAGGAGAGCAGAUCCCAUGGCACAUGUGCCAGUGCUGGGUGCUGUCUUAGGGAGAAGGAAGGAAACCUGCUCUUCUGGGUCAUGAGUGGAACCCUUUGCUAGGAUCAGGAAGUGGAUAGUUACGUCUGUGCAACUGUCAGGUGGAAAAAUAAAGUGUCAAUUGGCUAGAA